GCCUCAUCGCACGCACGAGAUUUAUUUGUUUACGUUUUCUUCGACAAAAGACUGAUCCCGGGUUCGUGUACGGAUUCUGCGAGAAAAUGAAGAUUCUGCUGCUUUCGUCCGCUUGUUUAUGAGUUGAACUAUAGCAGGAAAAGAUAGUCAUAGUACGCGUUGCAACCGGAAGUACUGCUACGGAUAUCUGACCAUCCAGAGAAAUGCUUCCCCAGUACGAACGCUUAGGCGGUGAUCCAGCCGACCCAACGGGCGGACGUAGCCAGUUCCGAAUACGAUUCGGGAAGCUGGCCGUCUCCACGGUAAUGUUUCCGGUGGUUGGUUUUCUGUUCUGCGUAGUGUGGUCCUUGCUCUAUAAUUUUGACCAAGCCAACUCGACCCACUGUCUGGUGUACAACUUCCUGCCAUCGCUGUCGGCUGCCAUUGGGAACUACCAGCCACAGCGUUUCGUGUGGCAGUUUUGCGUCCUAAUACAUGCUCCACCCCGCUAUGCGAUUGCCUUUCUGUACAAAAACUUCCACGUGGGCUUGCUGGGCAAACGCCGGAAAGAGCUGGCCUAUCUGGCUUGUAUUCUCAACAUUGUCGAACUGAGUUCACUGGUUGGGCUCACGCUGUGGACCUCGGUGGCCGAUUAUGAAAUUCACAAGUUCUGCUUCAGCACCUUCGUCAUUGCGUCCAUGAUCUACAUGAUGCUGUUGAUAACGAUCAAUAGGAUGACGCGCGAAAAGGACACAAUGCUGACGCCUUCUGAACGCAAAUCGAUAAUGUUCAAGAAGCGACUGUUCAUCGCUAAUUUGCUGUCCAUUCUGUUGGCGGUGUAUUUCUUCGUAAGACACAACUCGCACUGCGAACCGGGAAUUUACUCACUGUUCGCCUUGAGCGAGUACGUGUUCGUGUACAGUAAUAUAGGCUUCCACAUGACGGCCUAUUGGGACUUCAUUAGCGCGUAUCUAUACUUUGACUGGCGAAGCGGGAUCCACUUUUCGGCUGUGUAGAAUUAGGACGACAGCUAGGACCAUCAUCCCAUAUACUUUAAGAAAGGCGGAACGCAGGGAUAGAUAAUAACCAAAACACAAUAGAUUCUAAAACAAAUCUGGAUUCCCACAAAACUACCACUUGUAAAUCGGAAAUCACACUGGAAGCCAGUGUUCGGGAAUCGAAAAUGGAUAAGUCGAAACAUCUGCUUACAACGACAGCAUUAUUCAGUAAUAUGAACGACGAUAAUCAGCGCGGCUUGGUACAUAAAAUUUGGCCAAUCACUGUUGGAGAACUUACAUUCUUCUGUUUUCCAUCGGAAUGAUUCUAUACCAUAGCAGUUUUUACUGGUUGUUGUGUUUGUACAAAUAGACUAAGUUGUACCUAUAGACCUACAUAUACCUAUGCUUUGGCGCUAGUUUACUAUACUUUGAGAAACUUGUUGAAAAUUUCUUAAAUAAAAACUUAUUGAGUUCAAUAAAAGUUUCUUAAAUGAAAA